AUGGUGAGGCAGCUUACCCCCGGGGGAUCCACGACGUGCAGGUCUGGCUCCAUUGCCAGCAGGUACUUGCCAACUGUCACUUGCUUCUCUCGAAGGCUUCGAUGCCGCGACCGCGAUGGUGCCUUCGCGAUGUUGCCGCCGAUCAGGUCUCCUGGACACUGGACAGCCCUUGUCUGUGGGUAUCCUCAAUUUGGGAAAGCGAAAGAAACUAUUGAUUUGUUUGAGAAGAUGUUGUCAAAGGGCGUCAAGCCUGAUGGGGUAACAUUUAUUGGUGUCUUUUCUGCAUGUAGCCGUGCUGGGUUUGUAGAGAAAGGACGCGGCUACUUUUAUUCCAUGCAGAAGGGCAAUGGUAUUGUGCCUGUAGAUGAUCACUACACCUGCAUGAUUGACUUGUACAGCAGAUCAGGGAGGUUAAAAGAAGCUGAGGAGUUCAUAAAGCAAAUGCCGGUAUGCCCUGACGCAAUUGGAUGGGGCACAUUGCUGAGUGCUUGCAGGCUGCGUGGUGAUAUGGAAAUCAGCAAAUGGGCUGCUGAGAUUGAUCCCCAGAACCCGGCUAGUUACUUGUUUCUGUGGAGCAUGCAUGCUGCUAAAGGUCAAUGGAAUGAGGUUCCCCAGCUAAGGCGUGGAAUGAAGGAGCCAGGCUGUAGCUGGAUCAAAUAUAAGAAUAAAGUUCACAUCUUUUCAGCUGAUGAUCGGUCUCAUUGA